AUGAUCUUGACCAUCCAUUUUAUAGGCUAUUGAUCAGACAGUUAAAAUCAUAAAACAUUGGUGUAAUUUUUACAUGAUACAUCAUAAAAGGUGUAUUGAACCUAAUGGACGGUCUGGAUCAAUAGAAUGGAUUGUCCAGGUGUCCUGAUGGAAAUAGGAACACUAUUACUUACAGUGCAUCAUUUCUCAUACAAACCCAACUCAAUCCACCAACUCAGCUCAUCAACUCCUCUCUCUCUCUCUCUCUCUCUCAAUAAAGCAAUAUCUACUACAGUACUCCCAUCUCUAACACCUCAUAACUACUCUCCUCCAUCAAUGGCCCUUCCAUUCAUCAUCCUAGCCAUCACCUUUUCAUUCCUUGCUUUCAAGCUCUACCAACGGCUCAGGAUCCGUCUCCCUCCUGGCCCACGUCCAUGGCCCGUCGUAGGCAACCUCUACGACAUCAAUCCCGUCCGAUUCCGUUGCUUCUCCAAAUGGUCCCAAACCUACGGCCCGAUCAUGUCUGUAUGGUUUGGGUCCACGUUGAAUGUUGUCGUGUCCAGCUCGGAGCUUGCAAAGGAAAUGCUCAAGGUGAAUGAUAAGCAACUGGCCGAUCGCCCCAGGAGCCGAUCAGCAGCUAAGUUUAGCCGAGAUGGGAAGGACCUGAUAUGGGCUGAUUAUGGGCCUCACUACGUUAAAGUGAGGAAGGUUUGCACGUUGGAGCUCUUUUCUCCUAAGAGGCUAGAGUCUCUGAGGCCCAUCAGAGAAGAUGAGGUGACUGCAAUGAUCGAGGCCAUCUACAGAGAUUGCACCAAUCCAGGUAUGUUUUUGUAUGUACUCAUGUCCGCAUACCAAGCUUUGGUGUAUACGCGUACCGGAUCAUCUCUCCGUAUCUAUGUCUUGGGCAUGUAG